AUGUGGAGCAAACCACAUCAUCCGCGAUUAUCCUCAGCUGUCAAAUUUUCAAUAAGUGAAGCGCAGGACGGCGAUGACUCCGGUAACUUCAUCAAGCCAUCAACGUCCCCUGUAUAUAUCAAAACCCUCGUUAACAAUCAACCCACACAAGCAAUCAUUGACACGGGUUCCGCUAUCUCCAUUGUUCAUUCACAUUUCCUUCAAACAAUUCGUCACAAAACAUUUAUUUCAACGUCUCACAAAUGUCAAACAGCAAAUUCAACACCUCUUGAUAUCAUCGGCCAAAUCGAACUAGAACUCAAAAUUUCCAACAUCAAAACUACCAUCAUUACACACGUCGCAACAAAUUUAAUUACACCAAUCCUAUUAGGUAAUGACUGGAUUAAUCCGAAUCGAAUACACUUAUUUGGUGACGAACAACGACUAACAAUUCCUGAUCGACACAAUCAACGGAUAUCAAUUCCCUAUGUAGAACCGAACAAUGUUAAUUAUCCAGCAACAUCAGUCAAUCAAAUUACAUUAGCACCUCAUUCUCAAACAUUAAUCGAUGUUAAAUGCCCACUCUAUCGUGGUGAAGAUCUUUUAUUCGAACCAGAUGCUAAUUAUGCAUCGAAACUUAUUUUUAUACCAUACUCACUGGUGAAUGUUGAAGGAAAUCAAUCGAAGAUUUUAUUAAUCAACGCACACAACAACGAACACACGAUAUCAAAAAACACACGCAUAGGAACAUUCUCGCAGCAUUCUACGUUAUCGAUCUUCACUACAAACAUGACAAACGACCAUCAACCACCAAAUAGGAACACACGAACAACGAGAGCUGUCUUGAACACAACAGACAACUCGAGAAAACCGCAACCAAAUAAUUUUUGCGAUGAAUGUGAAGAAUACUUUCUAUCCGGUAAUGAUUUACAAAAACAUCUACGAGCGAACUGUUAUUCAGAUCAAAUGCGACAAAGAAUCAUAGAAUUAACGAAACACAUUCAUGAUCCAAAACACAAGGCAAUCAUCGAAGAAAUACUGUGGCGAAACAAGAUUUUAUUUGAUCCAACACCAUCGAUCAUUGACAUUCCACCACAAUCAGCAAUUCGAACCGGUGAUCAUCCUCCGAUUUACUCAAAACAAUAUUCAGCUUCAAGCAGAGAUCAACAAAUCAAAACGGAAGAAACACAAAAACUCCUUGAACGCGGUCAAAUUGAAGAAUCGACAUCACCAUGGUCUUCUCCUGUUGUUCUCGUCAAGAAGAAAGACAAAACGAUGCGAUUCUGCAUUGAUUAUCGUCGAUUAAACGCAAUCACAAUCAAAGAUGCAUUUCCACUACCUCGAAUUGACGAAAUAUUCGACCAAUUAACCGAUGCAAAAUAUUACACCAAAUUCGAUUUCAAAUCCGGUUACUUUCAGGUACCCCUCUCCAAGGAGGACCGACCGAAAACCGCAUUCUCAACUCGAGACAAUCAUUAUCAAUUUACAGUAUUACCACAAGGCAUCACGAAUGGCCCGGCGACAUUCCAACGCAUAAUUAACCACAUACUAGGUCCUACACGAUGGAAAUACGCUUUAGCAUACAUUGAUGAUGUUAUCAUUUAUUCGACCACUUUCAAUGAACACGUUACGCAUCUCAAUGAAAUAUGUCAAAUAUUGAGAAAUGCUCGAUUUCGUCUAAAUCCCGAGAAAUGUGAAGUUGCAAGGACACAGACCGAUUAUUUAGGACACAGCAUCAAAAAUGGUGAAAUUCGACCAUGUCCAACGAAUAUACACGGUUUAUUAAAUACAAAAGUCCCGGAAACACCGGACGAAGCUUGCAAAUUCGUAAAAGCUGCUGAAUAUUAUCGGAAAUUCAUACCAAAUUUUUCACAAGUCGCCGAACCGCUCAGGAAAUUUGUUCCAACAACACGCACUCAGCAGAAGAAAGGACAGAAAACCAAAAUUAACUUAUCACAAGAAGAAACAGAAGCGUUCAUAAGAUUAAAAGAAUUCCUCACGACAGACUUAGUGCUGCGUCUACCGAACAACAGAUACCCUUUCAUUGUACAAACAGAUGCAUCAGAUGAGGGAAUCGGAGCCGUAUUACUUCAAGUUUAUCCAGAAGGAAAUCGACCAGUAGCAUAUAUUUCAAAGAAAUUUACAUUAGCUCAACGUCGCUGGUCUCCAAUGGAACAAGAAUGUUAUGCAUUUAUUCAUUCAUUAGACAAAUGGCAUAAUCAUUUAAGUGGUACGAAAUUUACAUGGGAAACUGAUCAUAAAGCAUUAACUCAGUUGAACAAAAAAGCUCAAAUAAACAAACGAUGUGAGCGAUGGCGAUUAAAAAUCCUCGAAUACGAAUU